AUGAAGAGCAAGAAGCGGUUGUCUUAUAUGCGUGGCAUACGCAGGUGUUUCUUGUUGCUUUUGGCCCUCUGGCUUGUGGAGCAGCAAGAUGUGUACUCAUCACGGGCAUCAAGAAAAAAACCCGCCGGAGAGAAUGCGGAAUUGGAAACCGCCAGAGGAGUUAAAAGCGAUGCGGUGGCCAGCUUAUAUGCAGAACUGGUUGCCCAGCAAGAAACAACCGGUACCCAGCUGGCAACUGUAAUUCUUACAAAGCAUCGAGGCCACGUAAUUGCUCUCGUUGUGCUGUUCUUAAUCUUAAUAAGGGCAAUUAUACUUCGCAGGGAGAGAGAGCGCGAAAAGAUUGUUGAAGAAGCAGUUAAACCCCCCCGAGAGGAACCCCAACCGAAAGACGAAGCAGGAGGAGAAGAAGGAAAAGCAGAAGAAGAAAAAGAAAAAGAAGAGGAGCACGCAGAAAAAGAGAAAGAAAAAUCAGAAGAAGAAAAAGCAGAAGACGCAGAAAGAGAGGAAGAAGAAGAGGAAGAAGAAGAAGAAGAAGAAGAAGAAGAAGAGGAAGAAGAAGAAGAGGAAGAAGAAGAAGAAGAAGGUGAAGAGGAAGAGGAAGAGGGAGAAGAAGAUGAAGGAAAAGAAAAAGAUAAGGAAAAGGAAAAGGAAGAAGAAGAAGAAAAGGAAAAAGAAAAGACAGAAAAAGAAGAAGAAGAGGAAGAAGGAGAGGAAGAAGAAGAAGGAGAAGAAGAAGAAGAAGAAGAAGCAGAAGAAAAGCCUGUUCUAGAAGAUGAAUAUCCACUGGAGGAGGUAGUUUUGCAGCCAGAGGAACCUCCCAAAGAAAUACCUCUGCCACAAAUGCCUAUACCACAAAUGCCCGUGCCGAUACCGGGUCUUAAACCAACAGCUGAAGCUCCACCUGAAAAACAACCAGAGGAUCCUGGUGGCGAUGGAAUACCAGAUGAUGAAUUCAUAGAGAGGCCGAUAACUCGUUCGAGGACUCGAAAGGACUUUCUCCGGAAGGAGGUGCCUCCUCUCCAGGCCCCUACCCAGGUGCAGCCAGGUACUGAAGAGGAAGAGGAAGAGGAAGAAGAAGAGGAAGAGGAAGAGGAAGAGGAAGUGGAAGAAGAAGAACCUUUCCAACAACUGCCUCAGCCACCACUUGUAGAGCCUACUCUAAUACCACCUACCUGGCCGCAGCUUAGAGAACAACCAGUGCCAGUUCCAGCGCCUGGCGUGCCAGAAGUAGCGUAUGUGACGCCUCCUGUCCCUCCAGCAGUCGUCACUGUACCGCCCCACGAAGUCCCACAACCCACACCUGUUGCGCGGGUCCCGGACGAUGGGGAAAUGCAAAGGUUAAGGGCUCGGCGGAGCCUCGUCAGCAGUCUGGUGGACGUUGCGACCAGGAUGGUAGAUGAACUUCCGGGAGAUCAGGCACAAAAUAUUCUUAAGGAAUUAAAGAAGAAGUUGCGAACUGUUGAAAGGGCAGAAAAGGAGUACGAAACUGCAGAGGGUCGCAGCGAUCCAAACCUUCCAAGCAUUCGGAAUAAGACCAUCCAUGUAAUAAACUCAUCCAUUGAAGGCUCCCGCACUGAUCUAUUGCAGUUGGUAAAUAUGGCAAAAGUGCACGGUGAGCGAGUGUAUGCGCGCUGCUCUGAGAGGCAUUUUCUUACGAAUGUCGAGCAUUUACGGGAGCAACUGGAGAAAUGCCGAGAAAUAACACCGGUUAAGGUGUCUAUAGAGACUCUGGGUUUUGUUGGAAAUGUCUCUGUACCUCUGAAACGGGAGAAUGAUGAACAGCUUAGGAUCUUGAGGUCAGCACAAUUCGUAGACGAGUACGAGCCGCAUUCUUUCGUGGAUAUUUACACAUCCAUUGCUGCCAUGAACUUUAGAACGGCAGUCAUCGAGCGCUUGGCUGCGCUGGACAAAGCACUGAAAGAAGAUAUUCUAGAGUUCCAAAAGAUUUGGAUGAAGGGGAUGCUUCAGGUCAAACGGAUACCGCUCGAGGCGGAUGCAAAGUUGGUUCAGACACUUCAUAUGCUAUUAUCAAAGAGUCGCCGAACGCCUCCAGGGCAGUCACCUUCUGGAAUAGCAGAAGCAGAUAUACAAUCCAUCAGAGAGAUGUUUGCUCAGCAAGAUGAGCAUCUGCAAGCUCUGGAGACUGCUCAGGACUACAAGGGUAUUGUGAAUUCAGAUAUUAGCGGAAAAUAUGAAGAGGCGCCCGGCGUAUCUGCCAGCAAGGUGUUGCGGCAAAUGCUAACCACCAAGAAAAAGGCCGGCACUGCUGAGUCAGGAGAGGCUGCUAUAAACCCUGACAGCGCUGUCGCGACUGGUGUGAAGCAGUAUUUUUCCGGGCGGUGGCAGCACAUAGACACUACGGCGAGGGACCAUUGGAUGAAGGCGCAAGAAAUGCUCGAAAAGGCGAAGAAGGGAGCAAAGUAUAAGCUCGAUAAACCGGGAUUUGGAUCCACUGCACUGGAUGUGAAGACGAACCUGAGGGUGGAGAUAGCGAGGACGAGAACAGAGGGAGCAUCUCCGUCGAAGCUAUUGCAAUAUUUUAAUAGAUUAGUAAAGGAAAUUGAGUCGUAUGAUGAAACGCUAAAGGGUGUAUUCAUAUAUAAACUAGAAACGCCGGUGUGGAGUCAGGUAGAAAUUCUGAAGGAGAAGUAUGACUCUGAAAAGGAACUGGCAAGGGACAGUCAAAGCUCUGCCGCGGUACCUGGACAUGCAGACACAAUUUUACAGACGUGCUUGCAAAUCCGGAAGCUGUUCGAAUCAGCGAGGUCUGCUCAGUUUAAAGAGGCAAUGGACAAGGCGCUCGCUGAUCUUCAUGGUGCAGCGCAGGGUUAG